GCUAAUAAACCCCUCUGCAACUUGAAACCCAUCCUUAUCUCUCUCUCUUCUCUUCUCUUCUUCAAUUCAAUUUUCUGGAAUCAUCGAAUCUUUCCAUAUUUCUUUUAAGAUUCCUUUUAACAUAAUCAAAGCAUUUAACAAUAAACGAAACAAAUUGGAUCUGAAAAAUUAUGAACUCGACGAUGGAUGCUGGAGUUGGAGGCGGUGGUGCGGCGGAGGAGUUUCUGCAGAUUCACAGGCACGAUUCCAAGGAGAAUCAGUGUUCCUCCGUCCUCGUUAAGCAUAUCCAAGCGCCUGUUCAUCUCGUUUGGUCUCUGGUGAGGAGAUUUGAUCAGCCACACAAGUACAAGCCGUUUGUGAGUAGGUGUGUGAUGAAAGGUGAUGUUGGAAUUGGCUGUGUUCGUGAGGUUGACGUUAAAUCUGGCCUCCCAGCUACCACUAGCACCGAAAGAUUGGAGCUUUUGGACGACACUGACCACAUUCUUGGUAUCAAAAUCCUUGGUGGUGAUCACAGGCUUAAGAACUACUCAUCAGUUGUUACAGUUCAUCCAGAGAUAAUAGAUGGAAGAGCUGGCACAAUGGUGAUUGAGUCAUUCGUGGUGGAUGUACCACAAGGGAACACCAGCGACGAGACUUGUUACUUCGUGGAAGCUCUUAUACGAUGCAAUCUCAAAUCUCUGUCCAAUGUUUGCGAGAGAAUGGCUGCUCAGGACAGGAUAUAAGUUCUCGUGAUGAUUGCUACUAAGUUUUCUUCUUCCUCAAACCGUAAGUUCGUAAAGCAACAUUGGUUAAGUUCGUAAAGCAACAUUGGUUAUUAUGUGACUACUGCCUUUUUGGCUUCUUUGUCUUUGGUCCUCUUCUUCCGUUGAAUGUAUAUGUACAGUCAAAGGGUCGUGCAUACUACCAUUGAGUGUGGCCAAGUUACUCCCUUAGGACAUCUUCAUGACUGAUUCCCCCAUGUGAGUGUGGUUGUGUAAGCUAUAAACAGUAGCUGUAAUUUACUAGGAAUGUAUCACGUAUGUAACUUUAUCACUGAGUCAUGUUUAUCUACCUGUUAAGAUUUUCUACCAAAAAGUGCCAUGUUAACGUACUUGUUAGGAAUAUGGCCACCUUUUAAACCC